AUGUGGCGUGACAAAGAACAAGGCAACCUCCUCAACGAAAGUCAUUACGACUAUACAAACUACCUUAGAACGACUUCCAUCACUGUCUUCACGACCAAUACCUCGGAUUACAACGAGGAUCUCCACAAUGACGACCUCCACGACGACCAUGGUGACUACUACGUCAUCGACCAUCACCACACCCACACUGAUGACCAGAACGACAACUUCCACUCCGUCUUCUAUUACGACAAAAAAUUAAGACCAUUACCUUUACGACCACUACAACAUGACUAUCAUAGCCACCACUACGACCAUAUCCACGACGACUUCCAAAACGACCUCCCAGACAUCCUAAUCGACGACUGUGACAAAGACAACUUCAACUACGACGAUGAUAGAUACAAUAGUCAGCAAACAACCACACCACGGCAGACAACCACACCACAGCAGACAAUCCCACCACAGAAGACAACCACGUCACAGCAGACAACCACACCACAGCAAGCAACCACGCCACAGCAGACAACCACACCACAGCAAGCAACCACGCCGCAGCAGACAACCACGCCGCAGCAGACAACCAUACCACAGCAGACAACCACGUCACAGCAGACAACCACACCACAGCAGACAACCACACCACAGCAAACAACCACACCACAGCAGAAAAUCACAGCACAGCAGACAUCCACACCACAGCAGAAAAACACACCACAGCAGACAACCACACCGCAACAGAUAACCACACCACAGCAGACAACCACAUCACAGCAGACAACCACACCACAGCAGACAACCACGCCACAGCAGACAACCACACCACAGCAGACAACCAAACCACAGCAGACAACUACACCAGAAAAUCACACCACAGCAGACAACAAUUUUAAAAGGGUGUUAAAGGAUAGUGAUGAAGUGGUAGCAGAGACUCGAGUAGAGAAGAAAUAUGAAACAGUGUCUGGACCUAGUAAUAGACCUACAGUGACAGAGGUUCAGUAA